CCCGCUGGAACCCGGAUGUGAUCUUCAUGGUGUCGUGGUGGAAAUCUGAGUUUUAAAUUACCCCAAUGGAUGCAGAGAGUGAUGUUGCAUUGGACAUUUUAAUCACAAAUGUAGUAUGUGUCUUCCGAACAAGAUGUCAUUUAAACCUGCGAAAGAUUGCUUUAGAAGGAGCAAAUGUAAUAUACAAGCGUGAUGUUGGGAAAGUAUUAAUGAAGCUUAGGAAGCCCAGGAUUACAGCAACAAUUUGGUCCUCAGGGAAAGUAAUUUGCACAGGGGCUACAAGUGAAGAAGAAGCUAAAUUUGGAGCCAGACGAUUAGCCCGUAGUCUGCAAAAAUUAGGUUUUCAGGUGAUUUUUACAGAUUUUAAAGUUGUCAAUGUUUUAGCAGUAUGCAGCAUGCCCUUUGAAAUCAGAUUGCCAGAAUUCACAAAAAACAACAGGCCUCAUGCUAGUUAUGAACCUGAGCUUCAUCCUGCAGUGUGCUACAGAAUAAAAUCUCUCAGAGCUACGUUACAGAUUUUUUCAACAGGAAGUAUCACAGUUACAGGACCAAAUGUAAAGGCUGUUGCCACUGCAGUGGAACAGAUCUAUCCAUUUGUGUUUGAAAGCAGGAAAGAAAUUUUAUAACUUGGCUCUUCGUGGUUAGGCAGCCUAACCAAGCACCUUCUAUAAGACUGCUGCACAUUGGACUGAAAGCAAAAACAAGAGGGUGGGGAAAGGACAACUGGACCAACACAGCUGAGGAGGUGCAAGCUUUUGGCCACAGUGAUAAACUCCAGUCCUUUUUGGAUUUUGUUUUAAACAGUGCUGUAUUGUAAAAACAAAAGUUUACAAGAGGUGAAAUUGCUGCUUUUUACAAGACAUUCUAUUUAUUUCUGCAGUGAUUUCUGUGUGUUCAUAAGCCGAAUUGUCACGAUCUGCACUAACUUUGGAAACACUUCUUUAGUUUGAGCUUGUGUUUUAUUUGUGAAUAGUAUUUUACAUUUUUGUACGCUGACUGUUGGGCACCAAAGAAGCUGUAGACAUUACCCUUUUUCACCUGACAAACAUGCACAAAUAAAGGUCUGCAAAAUCUCUCUU